AUGGCUAAUAUGUACCAUGGGUGGCUUGGUGCUCGCUUCCCCGGGCAAGAUUCCACCGACCUCCACUUUACCGAUUAUGGACCUGCCGGACCAGACAUCAAACGCAGGCAGCACAACCUAUGUAUCGCGUUGGGCAUCUCUUUCGCCUAUCCUGAGCAGGCUGCCGCGGCAGGUGCACCGUGGUUUUACGACGCUCCUACUGUCCCAUUUAUGGAGUUUAUGGAUUACGGCCUUGCCCCUCCCUUGGUUCCUGUCCUUGGUCCAGGGGUACUCGUACCUGUUUCGUUUGCUGUCACGAAUGGAGGCGUGGAUAUAGGAUUCAAUCGUUUCAUCAUGUCGAAGAAAGCUAUGGCCUCGGGCGAAUCCAUUACCAUAAACAUUCUUAGGCGUCAUGGACACGACCCAGCUGAUACACCUACGAUAAUUGUCGGUGCAGGGGCAAAGCAUAGGGUAUGCUCUGCUGUUGUGUACAGUGCACAGGUACAAGAGUAUCGGCGUGCACGUAACUUAUGA